AUGAUCACUUCCAAAGGGACGAUAAUUUUUCUCAUUACAGUAUAUGGAAUUUUGAACUCUGGAUAUGCGGACAUCACAGAUAUGAUCGGAGAGGCUAUUUGUGCUGCUCAGUGUCUUGCAAAUUUCACAAUGUCUUUGGCUGAACCCGAAAGAACCUUCCUCAAUCAACAUCCGGACCUUUCAGAACCCCAUUGUUUGAGCAAACGGUCAAAUUGCAGUCUCUGUCUGGAUGUUUGUCGAUGGCCACGACAAAAUAUCUCAACUUGUAUAUCUUCCUGCGACCAAUUGAAGGACAGCGAACUGCAGUUGCUGCCAAGCAGUUCAUUUGAAGUACACAGACAGACCUGUCGGGAAGCUUGCACUUUCUCAGCCAUAAAUAGACAGGAGCGAGAGAAGGUGGUUAGUGGACUGGCGGUUGGUUCCUGUCCAUUGACAGCGAGUUGGCCCGAAGCGGACACUUGCUCACCUCAUCAAACCUGCACCACAGAUGCUGAUUGUGGUCUCAAUCGAUUGGCCAAGUGUUGUCUUUUUGAUGCCUGUCAGGUGGAUUCUUCACCUACACCCCCUGCUCCUCAGUAUCGAUUGGCUCGCGGAAGAGAAUCUCACGCUUAUCAAGCAUCUCCUGUCAUAGGACACUGCAUGCGGAUCAAUAAUGACACUGCUUUCGGAUAUGGAGAAAUUCCUCCGGUUCCUGAUCGACCUUCAGUACGUCAGACAGCCUUGACACCAGGAGAACAAGAGGUGUAUCAGCUGGAAUUAGACUGGCCGGAUUAUUAUAAUACGAGCCAGUCUUACGAAAAUCCAGGUUGGACCUAUCCAGCCGUCUUUCUAGUUCAAGUUCGUCUUUUCCGUGAAGUUGGAGGGUCACUGUUCACAGAUCACGACGACUUCGGCGACGAAAUCCUUCAAGACGAGCUCUUUAGUGAAUGGCGCAGUCUUGUUUGGGUAAUUUUUUUGCUGAAAUUUCUAUUGGCGUCUGCCAUAACAUUUUGCACCACAAAAGUAGGAGCUGUAUUAUCUGAUCUCAGUCCAGGAACUUGGUAUCAAUUCAGAUUGAAAGCUGCAUCAGUAGCUGGUUUUGGAGGUAACGGCCGCCCAAGUCCACCAGUGAAAGUCAUGACCCUUCCUGAGGCCCCUCUCAAUCUCACAGAGAGUAAUUCUCGUGUCUAUUCAAAUAAAGUUGAGAUUAAACUCCAGUGGGAACCACCCACGUAUGGAAAUGUUCCUAUUAAAUUUUACAGAGUGAGUUGGAAAAAGAACGUUCCUCCACAUAUGGAAGAUAGCUCAUUGAGUGAAUUUGAGGCAAAAGUUCCUAAGAAGGUUCUCUCCUAUACAUUACAAGAUCUCGAAUCGGCUACUGUAUACAAAGUUCAAGUGACCGCUGUCGCCGUGGUGGAUGGAAAGGAAUGGUCUAGUCCACCCGUAACUCGGUUUAUAAAGACUCCCCCUAUUCCUUCCAAGGAGUAUCCCUCAGGCAUUGUGAAUUAUAACUAUAACACAGAGGGCCGGACCUGUAGAUGCGGCGAAUCUCCCGAAUUUCGAAAUUUCAUUCAACCAACAUUUUAUGAAAAUGGAGUUCUGAAGGCACGACUGACAAUCCCUCGCUACUUUUUAACCCAAUACUUCGGACCAUCUGUCAAGGAGACUACAAUAUUCCAUCUUGUCUGGUACCCACAUGUCUGCAUCGAAACCCAGAAUUCAAAAGUGGAUAUCUCAAAUGCACCAUCUGUGAUAAAUGUCUAUAUAUCGGCAUUAGCUGGAAUGGAACUGGAGGGUUUGCGCUUCCAGUGUCACUACAAAUUGCAAAUCCGUUUGGCGGAUGAGCCGCUUCAAAUGACUUCGAAGAAAACGAUGGAUUUGUGUUUCUGUACUCCCUCGUGCACAGACGUGGUGAUAAAAUCUGGCCCAAGGCCAAGGAAUUGCUCUUUUGCAGAGGUUCUAAUACCACACCGUCCUGUGGAUGUUGGCUAUCGUCUUUUUCCCACUGAAGUAAAUCAGCGACACCCGAUUGUAUCUGGAGGAUCCACAGCAUCGUCACAAUCGGAAAUGGAACCAGUAUUCCCAGUACAAAACUCAUUUAAAUUGAAUUCUGGUCAGCCACUUGGAUUUGAUGCUAUUAUCUUCUGGAAACCUCAUCCCGAGAUGGUAAUAUCUUCUCCUAGUGGGAAUGCAAGAGGCAAUGGAAAUUCCGGCCGAUACACAAAAUAUGCUGAUCCAUCCAUGGAUAAAUCAUUCCCAGAAACACGGCGGCAAUCACGAGGAUAUAGGGUCAUUUGGGGCCCAAGACUGGUUGAACCUAUUGAGCCAGACAUGUAUAGCAACGGAAUAGCUCCACAACUGGAUCCCGAACGAACAGAGUCCAAAGUAGUUGAUUCUAAAGUUCAUAAUGUGAUUUUACGAAAUCUGGAACCGGACACAUUGUACAUAGUCCAGGUUCAAACAAUCGGUAUCCAUGGCGACAGCCCUGUUAAUGUAGUCUUCUUCACCACUCCAAGUAAGUAUUUCUCAAUAACUAUUGAAAUCGUUAAAUUUGCUUCUCUUUAUUUACUCAUUCUAUUUCUGGACUCUAUUAUGACCUUUAUCAACAACUAUUAA